AAAUAAAUUGUACUACAUAAGAUCUAGAAAUAUCAUAAAACUAAGAUUUAUAACAUUAGGAAUUAGGAAAUAAUAAUGAUAUCUUACGCGAUACUUAUUAUUAUAGUAUUUAGUAACUUCAAAUUUUUAAGUUCGUAUACCAAAUCGGAGCAACAUUUCGAUAUAUCGAUGAAAUUUCGAUCUACUAGUACCACUGGAAAGAAACGGACUUGGCGCUCAUUAAAGCAAGUGCUGGCUCAAGAACGCACUUUACCAUGGCCUGUAGAAGUCGUGCAUUAUAGUUCUAUUAACGCACCGCCAAGCUUCAGGCCAGCAAAAAAAUAUUCUGAUAUUUCUGGGUUGCCCGCACGAUAUACAGAUCCACAAACUAAAUUAUACUAUGCAACGGCAGAAGAAUUUGCAACAGUCCGAAGUCUACCAAUGGAUAUAACUGCUGGAUAUUUAGCAUUGCGCGGCGCUUCCAGUAUCGUUGGAUAAAUGAAAGGAGAAUUUUAUUUUCUAUAAUUUCCUUAUAUUUAAAUAGUAUAGAACACGGAUAUUUUAUUUUGUAAUUGUUAUGGUACUUAUUAAAGAAUAAUGAAAAAUUAAGUAUAAUUCUGAAAAUUAAACAUGUUGUAAAUGUAAACAAAAAUAUAUCGAGCUUAUAAAGAGACAAAAUAAAGCUGUUUGCACUAA